AUCACUUCACCAUUCUUUCUUCCAACAAAGCAAGGCAUCGUCCUCUCACUCAACAAAAGAAUAUGCCACGCUUUCACACGUGUCUCAACAACGUCCUCCACCUGUCCCUUCUCCCCUCUCGCCACGUGUCCCACCGGUUCUCUUCUCAUGAGUGAUGAGUGACGAACACACACAAACAAAACUUCCUCUCUUCUUCUCCGUCUUCUUCUUCCUCCUCCUCCUCCUUCUUCUUCAUCGCUUUCCUUCUGCAUUUGCAGCUCCACGUCAAUGGCGUCUUCACUGAGGACAAAGAGUUUUGUGUUCGGAGAAGGAGGACCUCAGAUUGAUGCUGUAUCUCACUGGUGGAACGACGUUGAUGAAUCGGAUGAAUGGCAAAGAGGCAUUUACUAUGCUCUUUGUGCCGCUUACGCCACCGUUUCCAUUGUUGCCAUCGUGCAACUGGUGCGCAUUCAAAUGAGAGUACCUGAAUAUGGAUGGACAACACAGAAGGUUUUCCACUUAAUGAAUUUUAUUGUCAAUGGAUUGAGGGCUGUUAUAUUUGGUUCAUACGAAACUAUUUUUGCAAUUAAACCCAAGUCACUGGAGAGGGUGCUAAUGGAGAUUCCUAGUCUUCUGUUUUUCUCUACUUAUACGUUGCUUGUCCUGUUCUGGGCUGAGAUAUACCACCAGGCAAGAAGUGAACCAGCGCAAAAACUUAGGCCUGCUUAUUUUGUUAUCAAUGGGUUUAUUUACUUCAUACAGAUCUGCUUUUGGAUUUUCAUGAGCGUAAGCAGCGCUGACACUGGCGCAGAGAUUGCUAAACUCUUCCUUGCAGUUGUUUCAUUUUGCGCUGCUCUUGGACCAAUUGAAUCCAGAGGUCGUCAAAAGAAGCUUUACGAGGUUGGCUCAGUGACAACUAUUUGCUGUACAUGUUUCUUGAUAAGAUGUACUAUGCUUGCAGUAUCUGCAUUUGACGAGGAAGCAGAUCUGGAUGUGUUGGAUCAUCCCAUUCUUAACCUCAUCUAUUAUUUGUUGGUGGAGAUUGUUCCAUCAGGGUUGGUGCUUUUCAUACUGCGAAAGCUGCCACCAAGAAGAGUUUCUGAUCAGUAUC